AUGAGUUUAGCCCAAUCACAAAUAUCAUCUGUAUCCGAUUCUGCACCUUCUCUUCCUCGGCCAAGCUCGAUUUUACAGAAGCAAAGCAGCUUUUCAAGAGAAAGCAAAAAAGCUGUUACCCCAUCUGAAACAAUUAAUAGCCUCAAAGUAACAUCAGCCGGUUUCAAUGAUAGUAACCCUGCCCAAGUGACAAGUGUUAUACAUUCGAGAGGCAAUUUACCCAUUGAGAGUAGAUCCAAACUUUCCGCUUCGGUGAUGACAGGACAAGAUGCCGAGACCGCAAAGAAGCUCUCCCAUCCCCAUUCUGCUUCCGUCCCGCACAAACCCAUACCCAUGCCUACCCUUGCCCGAAACUCCUUACCUGUGCCCUUGCAGUCAUCCGAACUCACGUCCGUCCCGGCACGAGUAACUACACGUGUACCGUUACGGGUGUCUGGAUCCUCCCCCUCUCCCCCCCUCCCUUUAUCAAAAGUGACAAGUGAAGCACAGACUAGAAGGAAGCAGUCACCACCUAGGGCACUCCCUCAGCGUGUCGUCACAGAGGAUUCCACCGCUCGAAGGCAAUCAAAGGACGUUAAGUCACAGGACAUGGAGGGGGUUAGGCGUGUGUCCGAUGGAACUACACCGUCCGCAGUAGGGGCCCCUUCCCUGGCUUAUCCUUCACUAGGGAAUAAUUGUAUCUCAGGUAACAACAGCUUUGGACCCUCCGGCUUCGGCAGCUUUUGCUAUGGGAUGGGUUCGAUGGGACCCAUGGGAUACCAAAACCCCUUCUCUGGUGAAAGUAUGUAUGGUCUAAUGGGUUCCGCUUACAGUAGCAUGGGGCCAGGGCGAUUAUCAGGCAUGGGUUCUUUUAUGUACAGAGGCAUGGAUGUCGGGAUGCCGGGAUGCGUUCAGAAUCUAUACCCUAGUGCUUAUGGUAGUUUUCGAUAUUCAAACCUAUCAAUGGAUCCUAUGCGUAGCUGUAGUUUUAUUGGCAACCUUAACGGAUCCUUUUAUGGAUCUAGAGGGAUUGGCUCCAUUCUAAAUACUUCCCUGUAUGACAAUCCUUAUAUGGAGAACAGUUUUUAUAAAAUUUCCAAUUCAAAUAAAGGCAGUGAUUACGGACUCGCAGCUCAGUGGUCCAGCCUGUCUGAUAUAAGUAAUGUGAAUGAUAAAAGUGAUCCUCUGACAAGCAGCCACAAUAGGUUCCAACAGGGAUCCAACCUUCAGCCGGAGGAUUUCUAUCCGAAAAGCGAACAGGAUACUUGUGUUCUUAUUAAGCGUAGUGGCCGCCGUGGUGGUAAGAGCCUUUCCACUAGCACUAAUAACGAUAAGUUGAUUAAUACUGAGAUCAAAAUCAAACGAGCUCCCGUGAACGAAAACAAGAAAGCUGGGACAUCAUCUAUUGAACAGAGUCCUGGAGUCAGUAUUGCUUCUACCAGGCCAAAUGAGGAUAGUCAUAAACAUCGUGCUGCAGUUCCUACUUCCUAUGAUAUUCAUACGCUUCUUAUUGUGGACAAGGUUGCCGGUGGCAAACCUGAUAUUGUCGUUAGAGAUCCCAAUACAGUAGUACUUAAGAAAAACAAUAGAAGUGAAACUUUUGAGUGUGAUGAGGCUCUGCAGCGUACUAACAGAUUGGGUGAAGUUGACUCCGUCCUUUUUUCUGAUCUUCGUUCUAACUGGCUCGCGGGGCACUGCUCGGCAAUUUUGGUGUGUGCUGGCAAGGGCAAGGACAAGGAUGCUGUUCUCAUUGCCCACAACAUGGUAAAGAAAUGCCUGGAACGACUAGAGAAGGCACCCGUAACCUCAUUUGAUGUCACCAUUACCAUGUGCCAGCUACGCGGAGCGAACCAAGGCCUUGACCUCCUUAACGGAUCAACCAGCUACGGGAGCCUGAAACUGGGCUCUCAUCCCGUCUAUGGCCCGUGCUUGCUUGAACUCACAACCAAAGUGGUAAAAAAUGCAAAAGACUGUGUGGAUACACUCAAUAAGGGCAUUGCACAGGCUCAAAGAACAGACGAAAUGAUUGUAGCCUUUUUGGUAUUGAAAACGAUUCGAAAGAGUUCCUCUGGAACAGAAGUAUUUCUCUCUUCUCUAUGCAUUGCUUACAAUCAUGAAGAGUCACACCAUAUUACGGACCUUAAGGAUAAGUCUUCUAUUUCUCCCCACCGCCUUUUUCGAUAUGCAGUAGGUGGUACUUGUGUCUGUGUCAGCAUGGUGGUUUUAAAUGAGAUUGAUUCCAAUGCUUUGGCAUGUUUGGAAGCUCAACGGAAGGUUCGUGAGGUUAAGAAUAAGCCACCACGUAGCGGAAACGUGCGUAGAUUUAUUGAAUUCACUGACAAGGAAAUUCUGCGUCAGAAAGAAAAGCUAUUGUCUUCUCCAGAAAUGGAGCUAAAACAGCGUGAAAUGCAGAUCAAACGAAUGGAAGAUAUGUUAGAGGAUGCAAGGGCGAUUUUAAAUGAUCCGGAACAUACUCAGAUGAAGGGUUAUAUCUUGUAUUAA